AUGCGUUCAGCUUCAGCUUCAGCUUCAGCUUCGGCCUCCCCGGCACCGUCAGCCUCCCCCAUCCCAUCGUUCUACCGGAUCUUCUUCCACACCAUCGACCCAUUCAUCGCACUCGCCGGUGUGCUCGCCAACAUCUUCGCACCGGCUGCGAUCCUCAAAUCGUACACUCCACGCGCCACUGUGCCCGCGUCCACAGAAACCACCGUCCUCCUCCGCAGCAGCGCGGGUUACCUCCUGUCCACCAUGUUCCUGCAGACCGUGCUCUUGCGCCUGAGACCGUCGGACCGCACAGUCUGGCGCUGUCUGCAGAUCAGCAUUCUCAUCCAGGACGUGGCCAUCCUUGCAUCGCUGACUAUGGCAUUGGCAGUGGAGCACCGACUUGAUUCGACUUUGAAGCUCGUGAGGCCUGAGGAGUGGUCCAAUUUUGCCGUCUUGGCGGCCGUCGGGCUUAUCAGGUCUGCGUUUAUUCUUGGUGUGGGAAUGGAUCAGGAUGGGCACGGAAAUGAGAAGGGAAAGAAGGUGUAA